GCCCCCGGUUCCUGCCCUGGUACCCCUCGGCCCCUGGCUGAACUUUCCAGCGCUCCUGUAGGACCACGACCUUGGGUGGAGAAUUCUCCAGCGAAUUUUACAGACUUACCGGAUGAAGAGUGCCUGAGAGACUGGCGGUCAACAAUCCCUAAGAUGGAGAAGACAGAUGCCAAAGACCAGUCCUCUCAGGGGGAUGAGGAGAAAGACCCUCCAAAGAGCCACCCCUACUCGGUGGAGACCCCAUAUGGCUUCCAUUUGGACCUGGACUUCCUCAAGUAUGUGGAUGACAUCGAGAAGGGAAACACCAUCAAAAGGAUUCCUAUCCACAGAAGGGCCAAGCAGGCCAAGUUCAGCACUUUGCCCCGAAACUUCAGCCUUCCCGACAGCGGGGCUCGCCCCCAUGCUGUUCUUUCCCACCCGAACUGGUCCCCCAUGGUGUCUAGGAAAGUGCUGGGGACAGAGGCCCGAGCCCAGCCACUGCCCCUCGGGGAUCACUCCCAAGCCCCACAAGCCGCCAGCGGCAGCGAGCUGAGCUACCACCGGAAGGCCCUGCUGAUGGAGACGGCCAGACAGCUGGAGGCUGCUGCUGCUCCCGGGGAGGCUGAGCUCACCUCUGGGAGUGGACGGCCCCAGCUUCUGAGAGCAUCCAGCAUGCCGGCCACGCUGCUGCAAACCAGGGCCUCGGAGGACCCAAGCCUAAACUCAGGACCCCCCACCCCGCCCGUCCUCCCCCAACUUCAGGGCGAAGGCGUUGUCUGUGAUGGUGCCUUUGAGCCCGCGGAAGGAUUUGCAGGUUUUUCCAGCUCCACUCCGCGAGCAGCAACCCACCCGGAAGUCAGAGAGUCAGGAGACCUAGUGCCAGGGAUGGCGGAGCUGACCCAGGAGGGGCCUGAGCCCCCAGAAAGCGAAGAAGAGGCUCCAAAUCGCCUCUCUUCCCCGAGUCCACCUUUCGCGUCCCAGAAUGCACUUGUGGUUCUAGAGGAGGCAGAAGACCAACAGGAAAGCAGAGGAGCCCAGGUGGUGGUCACAAGCCCCAGCUCUCCAACACCAAGCCCCCCGCCUCUGCCGUCACCCAUCCCUGAGAAUGAGCUCCCCCUGGAAGAAAUCGAGCUCAACAUCAGCGAAAUCCCACCACCACCACCUGUAGAGGUGGACGUGAGGAGCAUCGGGACCCGCGUCACGGAGGAAAGCCUGGGCCUUGCCUCCCUGGAUCCUGGCAGCAUCUCCAGCCUGAAGCAGCAAAUCUCCGACCUUGAAGGCGAACUGUCUGGAAGAACUGAGGAACUGGCCCGGGUCAGAGCUGCCCUCCAGCGGCAGGAAGAGGAGAUCAAGGCGAGGGGGCAGAGGAUUCAAGAGCUAGAGUGCACUGUAGCCCAACUGGUAGAAAAGCUUAGCGGAGGGAACACCAAAGAUGCUCAGGGCCAGACUGAUGCCAUGGUCGGCACUGACCCCCUGCAGGGGCUCUUGACCAGGCAGUCGUGUGACAAGAGCAUUGGGGUCAGCCUUCUGGGCAGCGUGGGAUCUGAAAGCUGGGGAGCCACGGGAGAGGGGAAUGGCCUCCUGUGGGGGCGAGAAAGUCACACACGAGGGGAUGGGAGCCCAGCAGGACUUGUGUCACCACCCCAGCCGUCACUGCCACAGGGCUCUGAGACGGUCCUCAUGCCUUCUUCACACAGCUGCCUCUCCGCUGAGCUCAGGAUCGAGGAGGGAGGUUCUGAGCAGGCAGGAGGUUCUUCGGUGGGAAUUAAGGGUCUGGACAGGGGAGUAGGAGGAUCUCCAGGGAGUGCUGAGAGAAAGGCUCCCCCAGCAGGGAGGGAGGAGGCUGGUCCAGAGCUGUCAGGGAAGGAGCGCCCUGGAAGGCCACCAGGCUCCCCCACCGAUGCCACUAUUGGGCAAUACGUUAAGAAGAUCCAAGAGCUCCUGCAGGAGCAGUGGAGCUGCCUGGAACAUGGGUACCCUGAGCUGGCCCGCGCCAUCAAGCAGCCUGCCUCCAAACUCAGCAGCAUCCAGAGCCAGCUACAGAGCUCCCUCAACCUGCUUCUGUCUGCCUACUCGGCCCAGGCUCCACCCCAGAAGGAGCCCCCAGGCCCCUCCUCCUCCCCACCGAUGGAGAUGUCCCCGUCGACCAGCCUUAAAUCGAUAAUGAAAAAGAAAGACUAUGGCUUCCGUGCAGGAGGUAAUGGGACCAAAAAGAACCUUCAGUUUGUUGGGGUUAACGGUGGCUAUGAGACCACCUCGAGUGAGGAGACCAGUGGUGAGGACAGCUCCCCAGAAGACUUGUCUGACAGCGAGGCUGAGAAGAAAUGUGAUGGCCCAGAACCCAGGCAGGGCAAGGAUGCCCACCUCAGCUGUAGGGUGGGCCAGGGCACCCAUGAGGGCACCCACGACACAGACCAGGAAACUGGGCCUGGCGAAGAGCUCCCCCAUCCCAAGACUGAGAGAUAUAAACCCUCAGAAGAAUUCCUUAAUGCAUGCCGGGCAUUGAGCCAACAUCUGCCAGAAACUGGGACGACCACUGACCAGCUCUUGAAGCAGAGCUUGAACACCAUCAGUCAAGAGUGGUUCCGCAUCUCCAGCCGGAAGUCAUCCAGCCCUGCUGUAGUGGCCGCCUACCUCCACGGGGUCCAGCCUCACUCCCCACACUUGCUAAAGCUGCUUGUCAAUCUGGCUGAUGGCAAUGGGAACACAGCUCUUCACUACAGUGUGUCCCACUCUAACUUCUCCAUCGUGAAGCUGCUGCUGGAGACAGGUGUCUGCAAUGUGGACCAUCAGAACAAAGCUGGCUACACUGCUGUGAUGAUCACUCCCCUGGCUUCUGCCGAGACCGAUGAAGACAUGGCUGUUGUCUGGAAGCUCUUAAGAGAAGGGAAUGUGAACAUCCAAGCUACUCAGGGGGGCCAGACGGCACUGAUGCUGGGUGUCAGCCACGACAGGGGGGACAUGGUCCAGGCGCUGCUGAGCUGCCAGGCAGAUGUCAACCUGCAGGACCAUGAUGGAUCAUCCGCCCUCAUGCUGGCCUGUUGCCAUGGCAACGCGGACAUGGUGCGGCUGCUCCUGGCACAUCCAGCCUGCGACAGCAGCCUGACUGACAAGGCUGGCCGAACGGCUUUGUCCAUCGCUCUGAAAUCGCCCGCCCAUGUGGAAAUUGCAGGGCUGCUUCGGGCCCACUUGAAGCAGGGCAGGCCCCUGGGGCCAUAG